AUGGCCUCGCCACAACGAAACCCUAAUCCCACAAUUCAAAGUAUCUCUCUGUCCAUCUAUGAACACUGUCACGAGCGGAACGAGGUUCAUCGUAUUAUGCGAGAGAAGGACGUGAGUUCCUUGAGAAACUAUGGUGGUGCUCCCAUGGUUGCCGCUGCUUUCAAUUCUAAUAUUGAAGAAGGGCUUCAGACGGGUUCAGCUCUAAAACCAGGAUUGAAACAAGUCGAUCACCCAAGUUUCACCAGCUUCGUGUUGGAGGAGUUCAAAAGUGCUACCUUGCUUCCGCUCUUUGUCUCUGCUGCAAUUUGCUUCAUUGCAGGUGUUGUCUCGGAAAAACCUGAUUACGGCUGGCCUGAGGGUGUUGACAUCCUCGUUAACAUUCUCAUUCUUCUCUUUCUACCAUCUAUUCAGAAGUACUAUGGUGCAAGAAACGAUGCGAAAAAAAUCAGGUUACAGAAAGUGACAGUAAUAAGAGAUGGGAAGCGUCAAGAUUUGGCGGUCUCGGAGGUGGAGGAGGGCGAUUUAGUUGUUUUAAAGGAGGGAGUUGUGGUUCCCGGCGAUGGUUUGCUUGUGUCUGGGAAUGAAUUAGAGAUUGAUGAAGCGUUAAAUUCCAGUAUUGAUUGUAAGAAUAAUCCUUUUCUCUUGUCUGGUUCAAAAGUUCUCAAGGGAGGAGGCCGCAUGAUCGUUGUGUCUAUUGGUUCUAAUACAUCUCUAGGUGAGAUGAUGGUCUUGGUGAACCGCAAUCCGUGUGAAGAACCCUCGUUCCAGGCUCACAUGAAGGAACUUAACAGGGCCAUGGAUUAUAUUGUCAUGUUCAUCUAUAUUGUGCUUGCUUUGGUCUUAUUUUUCCGGCUCCUGUGCACAAGAAACCACCACAAAGACGACCAGAAGAGUGUUCGACCACCCAACUUGAACAAUAAAGUCUCAGCCGAAUUUGUAGAAACUUUGUUCAAGAAGGUCUUGUUGAGAUCGAGAGGUAAAAUCAUCCUUCUGAUCUAUUCACUUACUAUAGUUGAUCUGGGGUUGCAGGGUAUUUUACCUCCGACUAUUUCAGCUUCUCUGAUAUGCUGGAAUAGGAGUUUGAAAAAGAAGUAUCAGAUUCACCCCAAGAAUUUGUAUGCUUGUGGCACCAUGGGAUUGACAACAUUCGUCGUAAUUGAUGUAUCCAAUCGAUUACUUGUGCCUCAAUGCCCACUAGAAGCUGCAGAAGCUCUUAAGAAUAAAGAAGUUUCCAUCGUAUUGGUGUCAAGAGGUGAAGAGAAUUUUGUAAGAGCCAUAGCUGACGAGAUGGGUAUACUGCCUACUUCAAAAGAUUUGGGGGUUAAUGGAGAGGAAUUCGACCAAGAUGUAUUCACAAGGAAUGACAUAAUUUCCAUAAGGAUUAUGUACAAAUCCCAACCGAAGCACACACUCCUCCUUGUGAAGGCCUUGAGAGAAAAUGGUCAUGUGGUUACGUAUUUGGGGGGAUUGGCAACCCUAGACACUCCUACUUUGAAGGAAGCAGAUGUUGGGAUUAUUGAAGAACAAGCUAGCUGCGGAUUGGCCCACGAAUCCUCGGAUUUUAUAGUACAAGGUAAAGGAUCUUUGCUUCCACUUCUGAUAUCGGGAAGAUUUGUUUAUUCUAAUGUGGUCUCAUUCAUUGAAGCUAUGCACACAACGAGCAUUUGCAUUUUGUUCAUGGCCUUCAUUUUAGAACCAUUUCAUCUGUUCUGGGUAAAUGCUGUGACUCAUAUCCUUGGUUUUUCAAUGAUUUUGAUGGAGCUACCCAAGAAAAGAACCAUAUCGCUCAAGGCGAAGGCCAUUUGCCCAAACAUUGCCCGUAAGGUCUUAUGCCAGGUUCUUCUGCUGCUGAGUUUAGGGUUUAUUCCAAAAACGAUACUGGGCUCGAACGAAGAUACCCAGGAAGUUAUGACUUUGAAUGUUUUCACCAUGUUCCAGGUUUUCUACAUGUUCCAGAUCAUGGAAUUUUCAGAUAUAGAAGUUCUUACAGUUGCUGUUCGAAACUACAGUUUUUUAGCGUCGGUUGGAGUUACAAUGGUCUUCCAUGGUAUUAUCAUAAUUUGCACUGAGAACUUGAGUCUUGUGAAUUGGAUUAUCUGUUUCCUUCUUGUGUUGCUUUUGUGGGUUCUCGAUUCGACCCUAAAGGUCGUCGCAAAAACACUUUAUAGAAGUGUUCGGACCCUGCCUUCCGAGAUGUUCGCGACAUGA